CUCGCACACAUAACACACCGCGACACCGUCCUUGCUCACCUGUCCCCGCUUUCAUGUACGCUGCGGUGAUCGUUGCCGCUGUUGUCGGCGGUGGCGUACUGCUGCUUAUGCGUCGUCUUUUCCCUCAGAAAGCUGUAAUACUGCUCCGGUAUCCCGCCGACACCAUGCGAGGAAAGACGGUCAUUGUGACCGGGGCUAACAGCGGGAUAGGGAAGGCCCUGGCCGGGGAGCUGCUGAAGCUCCAAGCGCGGGUCAUCAUGGCCUGCCGGGACCAGCGGAGCGCCGAGGAGGCAGCCAGGGACAUCAAGGAACAAGCGGGACCAGAGCAGGGAGAGGUGGUCAUCAAACACUUGGACCUCGCUUCUCUUAGAUCGGUCCGAAAAUUUUGCGAGGAAAUAAAUGAGGAAGAAUCCAAGAUUGACGUGCUCAUCAACAACGCCGGCAUCUACCAGUGUCCCUACUCAAAGACAGAGGAUGGUUUUGAGAUGCAGUUCGGUGUGAAUCACCUGGGUCACUUCCUCCUCACUCACCUCCUGUUGGACCUCCUGAAGACCUCGGCCCCCAGCCGCGUCGUCGUGGUUUCCUCUAAGCUGUACAAAUACGGCCAAAUCAACUUCGAUGACCUGAACAGUGAAAAUAACUACGACAAGGCGUUUUGCUACAGUCAGAGCAAGUUGGCCAACCUGCUGUUUACGCUGGAACUGGCACGCCAGCUGGAGGGCACGGGGGUCACAGUCAAUGCUCUCACCCCAGGCAUCGUCAGGACCGGACUAGGCAGGCAUGUCCAAAUCCCCUUCCUGGCAAAGCCGCUGUUCCACCUCGCCUCGCUGGUCUUUUUCAAGAGUCCACUGGAGGGGGCCCAGACUCCUCUCUAUCUGGCCUGCUCCCCCGAGGUGGAGGGAGUGUCGGGGAAGUGCUUCGCUAACUGCAAGGAAGAGCAGCUGAUGGCCAAAGCUACAGACGACCAGGCCGCCAAGAAACUGUGGGAGAUAAGCAGGAGGAUGGUUGGGCUCGAGAACUGAGCAGAGUCCUGUUCUGUGGACAGUGCUGGGAGGACUUAUGUGUUCCUGAAUGAAGUACUUCAUCUAUAGGAGCCCCAGAGUCACUGUUCUGCAAGAGAUAGUGAAAAGACAUAUUGCCACCUAAGGGAUUAUUAAUUAAAUGGCAUUGUGCCAAUGAAGUGUGUAAAUGAAGUGUCUGUGAGCACGAGUGCAGAUUGAAGUGUGCUGAUCACAGAAUGUUUAAAGCUUUGAAUUAAAAAAAUGUGCCUGUAAAAUGAUCUUUCCUGUCAUCCACCUGCUCCACAAUAACUUUCCCUGUCUGAGGUCUUCGUCAUGCACAUGUACAUUGAA